AUGUUGCUUUCCAUCUACGACCCUGAGCAAAGCACAGAGGCUAAACAAGGCCAGGAGGCGCUCUCGCAGGCCGUCGCCGGGGGUGACACGUCUAUUUUUAAGCUCCUUCUGGAUUCGGGAAAGCUUCAUGUCGACUCGAGGGACAGCCAUGGCCGAACGCCGCUGUCGCAAGCCGCGUCGACUGGCUGCGAGCCGAUUGUCAGGAUGCUACUAGACACCAGAAGGGUUGAAAUCGAUUCGAGGGAUGCCUGGGGCCGGACACCGCUGUCAUAUGCCGUCACCAUGGAAUCCGAGUCCGUUGUCAGGCUUCUGCUAGAUACAGGAAAGGUCGAAAUCGAUUCGAGGGACAACUGUGGCCGAACGCCGCUGUCGCAAGCCAGGUCCAGGGGCUACGCGUCUAUCGUCAGGCUGCUGCUAGACUCUGAAAAGGCCAAAAUCGAUUCUUAG